AUGGAAUUCUCUUAUUUUGAACUUGUUUUUGGAUCCUUAAUCUGUUCGAUUUUAUUUAUUUUAAUGCGUAGGGAACGACAAAUAAAAUUGAAUGAACCCCCUCUUGUGUAUUAUAAAUAUCCAAUUAUUGGACAUACUAUUGAUUAUUAUAAAGACAAUGAAAAAUUUAUUAAAGAAUGUUAUGAAAAGUACGGAGAAAUCUUUUCUAUAUAUGUCUUUGGUAAAAUUAUAACCUUAGUUGGCGGUGAAUUUUCUUCUGAAAUCUUCAAAAAUCACAAAGAUUUUUCUUUCAGUGAAUCAAACGAAGAGUUUUUACCUUUGCAUAGCUUAACGCAUCGCCCAAACGAAUUGGUUAUGGUAAUUCAAAAAAAUUUAACAGGAGAUUUAAAAUACUAUACAAAUCGAGUUCAAAGACAAUUACUUAAAUCUAUUGACGAAAUAAUCGGAGACGGUAAAGUUUUACAACCCCCUUUAAAAUCCUUCCAAUUCAUUAUCGCAAAACCUGUUGCCGCAUCUGUGGCCGAAGAAUUAUCUGAUGAUAAAGAGUUGAUAAAUUCAUUCGCUUAUGCUAUAAAGGAUAUUGCUUCGUAUAUAAAAAUUCCACCUAUUUUAAAUUUCAUUCAUCCUAACUUGCACAGGGAAUUUAUAAAAAUGUUGUUUCGUUAUCCAAGUAAUCCCUUCAAAUAUCAUAGAAAAAUCAUUAAACAAAAGAUUACACCAGUGGUUGAGAAACGUUUAAGUGAAAUGAAGAAACUUGACGGUGCUUAUGUUCCCCCGGUUGAUAUCUUACAAAAGUUUAUUGAACUAUAUGGUGGAGAUAUCGAUACCAUCACAGAUUCUAUAGUUACGGUUGUAUUUGCAUCUAUACAUACUACGUCAACGUUUAUUACUCAUGCUCUACAAGAAGAACAAGAACAACUGUUUAAAAGUAACGAAAAUGAAUAUUAUUCUAUUGAACAAAUUGCUAAAAUGGAAAAGUUAGAUAGUAUGCUUAAAGAAACAUUAAGAGUAUAUGCCGGUGUAUUACCACAUAAAUUAAUGUCCCCGUAUUAUACUUUUUCAAGCGGACAUCAAGUUCCAAAAG